CGCUAAUUCACAGAAGAGUAUCCUGGUCAUUCCCUCGUCCAUUGGCUUUUGUUGGUAAUUCUCUUUUUCCAGUGACCCCUGUGACCUAGAGGUAUUUCCUUUGGCACUAACUGCAAUUAACUGGCAUUAUGCUCAUACCAGCGUUGGAGAAGACCUCAACGACCUGGAAACUGAAUCAAUCAAGGGAACCAUCGUACCCAUUCAAUCUUGUAUUCACACACCCAUUUCACCACAUCAUACUGGGCGGUAUGUCUUCACCAGCCCAACCCUAUAUAAAUAUCCCUCACAUCUCAGAGAACAAUCUUCCCUUCCAACUCCCAUACUCAAUAAAAUCCCUCAUCUACUGCCUUCAAAUCUCAACAACGAAGCUACAUUGGCCUUUCUCUUCCAUUAUCGUCUCAGGUUCUACCUCAAUAUCUCGCAACAAGAGCCUCGCUUUCAGCACGAAUAACAACCUAUCAAACGACCAAGAUCCACCUACUCUGGCACCAUUAUCCAGAGCAAAUACACCUUUUUGGGCGUCCACUGUCAUACCUUGCACAAUGCCCUGGAUUCAAAUCCGAAACCCGAUGGAAAAGACACCACAUAGCUGGUUGCUCUUCGCAGAAAGAGACCAUUGUAUAACCACUCGAACGAUCCGAGAAAAGUCAAUCCUGAACGCAAUGAUGCUCUCCGAUGGUCUUCCCAUUUUUUGGCGAUAUAUUCCGGAUACCCCGAAAGACCAAAGGACGGGUACCUUGUGAUUCCAAACUGUGUGGUAUGCGCCAAUCUUUACAAGUGGUAGUACUUUAUACGUCAUAUAGACAAGUUAUCCAACAUAUAUGGUUCAGGAGAAUAACAAACAUUUAAUUGCUUC